UGAACAUACUGUGUAGUUGCUGUGACUGAUUACACUGAAGAUUUAAUAUGUAUAAGUUUUUGCUGCGAACAGAUUUAAACAGCAUAAACUCCUUUUCUUCCUCUUGUUUUCUCUGACUCUCAGGCUGCAGACCUUGGUCAGCGUGACUCACAGAAACAUGGCGUACAGGCUGCUGUCAGUCAGUUCCUCUGAGCUGUGCCUUGAGCUCUUGCCUCGUGCUGCUCAAAGAUCACUUGAGCCCCUGCGUGUCUCCAUCACCAUGACAACCAGUGAUGAAUUUCGUCUUCAGGUUUGCGAUUGAUUGGUGUCCUGCUGAAAAGCUUCUGAUCUUUCUCAAGACUGCGACCACCGUAUGUCACCUGAGGGUUGAGGAGGGAUACCCAUCACACGGCCGAGCUGCUCUCCUGUCUGUGAGGAAAGACGGCAGUCUGCUUGAUAUCACCCAUCUACAGCCCCCAGUGCAACAUCCUGUUCUGACAGAGUGGCUUGAGUUUCUCUCCUCCAAUCCGAUCAUAUGACAUCACAAGAUGUACCCCAGGCCAGAUCCUCCGGUUAGACUUCAUCAUGUAUGUCACAUCCAGAGUCAGAGUCUAUAUAUCACACACAAUCCAUUUGCACUGUACAUACAUUUCUGAAUUGUGAGUCAGAUUAUCAUUAUUAUUUGUGUAAAACUGCUCUUCACUCGUGUCAACAGAUUGGGAGAGCCAGCAGUUCCGUUUGAGACAGUUUUCAAGUAGUAAAGAGCUCUGCAUUGUUCACCAAGUAAAGCCAGACAUGUCACAUGACAUCUCUCAGCAGUAUAGUUUAAAUGCAAUAUCUGUGUCUAUUAUAUAACAAAAAGGUAAAUGAAAUUAAUCUAAAAUAUAUAGAAUGGCAUGCAUGUUUCACUUCCCUCUUUUACAUUUACAGUCAGCUCUUGUUUUUUCCUCACUAGAGGGCAGCACUUCCUGUGAAGAGCACCAUAUGCAUGCUAUGGGCUGACAUAACAGGUUAGGUAACGAUUUAGACUGUAUCUGGAGAUCCAGCUUGUUCUUCUGCUACCUGUAUAUUUUAAUCCUCUUUUUUACUACACAACAGUUCUGUAGAAUCAUUUUUGAAGUGUUUCAUGUCAGACACUAAAAGCUCCUAUCAUGCUGGCUUCUGGCCACCCCCGAGCUUGUUAUGAAACGAGGUCAAAUUCACAUUCAUUUUUUUGUCUUCCCAUGGUUGUUCUGAGAUACUCCACUUGGCACUUAGAGCAUGACUCCACUUUCUGUACCAGUUAUCUGCCCUCAGGCGCUGCACAGUCAGAGCGGCUCUCAUUGGCCAAAUAAGAUGUGAGUUUUGAUCGGAUCUGGCCAAUAGGCAGCUGUGAAACUGAUUAUGAGUGCUCAGUGUCUCUCAGAGUCCAUGUGUGUGGAGAACACUUCACAUUUUCGCUGCUUAUUCUGGUGUCCGAAUGAGGUAGGGCCUGGGAUACGUGAUGUGCUUUGACAACAGUUUCUGUAGAUCAGAUUCCACGUCCGGUGGGGAAAAUUAAGACUUUUUACCUUUUGAGUACUUCGUAAUCACCUCAGUAAACUAUUGCUUCUGUCCCUCUUAAAAUCUGGUUUUGUAUAUAUAGUAAUUGUCUUAAAAGCUCUUGUACAGAAUUUGUAUUAUCUUUUAAUCAGUAUUUGCGUGCAUAGCUAAUUAAUCAUAGUUCUUUCUGCAUUGAGGUAUUGAGGAAUGAGGUAGAUAUUGAGCCCCAAGCCCUCCACCAUUUUUCCUCACUUGCUCAUUUUCUGAUUAUGAUCCGAUUAUUUCUGAUCAUUUUCAAUUCCAAAGAACAUUGUUUAUAUUAAUAAUUAUAUUUAUUAUUAAUCUUUUCAUUAUUGUUUUUGUCACAUUUGAUCACUUAAAUGUCUUUUUGCUGGAUAAAAGUAUUACGGUUAUUAAACUGUACUAAUCCCGAACUUUUGAACAUAAUGUACUAGUUUACUUCCCAGUCCUGUUCAGUGUCAGAACUUAUGGGAAAGAAUUGGCAUCAUUUCCUGCCUUCCAUAUUUGGUACAUGUCAGCUCCCACUAGAGGACAAAGCCUUAACUUUACAAUCCGGGACAGCAAUGAUACACUUUGCCCGGUGCUCUCUUGACAAAGAAAAGCAACUUUUUUAGUAUACCUAGUAUAUUAUAAAUAGUACUUUAUGUAGUUUUUU